CGCAUGCGCAGCGCGGGCGCGGCGGGGCCGGCGGAGGUUCCAUCCCGCAGAAGCCUGGAUGAACGUUGCAGCUUUCUCUCAUUUUCCGUUCCUCCUGAGGGAAUUCCCGGCAUGGACAGCGUGGGUUCUGAGGAAGCAGCAGCUCUCCCUGGCCAGCAUUCCCGUGCUCCAGGCAGCCAAGAACUCCCGGGAUCUCCUUGGACUCUCCGAGGCAGAACUGGAAGAGCAGUUUGUGAGAGGGGACGGCCCAGGGGGUCAGGCCACAAAUAAAACCAACAACUGUGUUGUCCUGAAGCACAUUCCAUCUGGGAUCGUGGUGAAGUGUCACCAGACAAGGUCACUGGAGAAGAACAGAAAGAUUGCCAGAGAAAUCCUGCAGGAAAAGGUUGAUCUCUUCUACAAAGGUGAAGAGAGUGAUGUUUAUAAAGAGAAAAAAGCAGCAGAGAAGAAGAAGCGGGAGAAAAAGAGGAGAGCAAAGGAAAACCUGGAAAGGAAAAAGCUUUUUAAAGAGAUGCAAGAGUUGGAUAAGAAAUAAACACGUGAAAUACUGAGCUGCCCUAGUGGGGUAAGGGAAGUGUUUGUCAUGACACCUCUCAGACUAACAGAUGAUCAGCUGUUCUGCCAAGUUCAGGAGACAAAAGAAUCCUUGGUAAAAAAGGGACUGUAAACUUUCCACCCUUGUUAAGGGAGGCCGAAAAAAAUUCAGUAGAUUUUCUUCUGCCCAGAAGGAAAUCCCACCUUGGGAUGCUUUGUAGGAGCUCCUGUAGGGGAGGAAAACAGCACUAAAGGUUCUCACUUCCCAUCCUUACUCAGGCAAUGCCUUCAGUGACAUAAAUCCUUUAUGAACCAGGGUUAGGUACUGCUUGUGCUGAUGGAAGAGACAGCAGUCACUGGCUGCCUCCUGCAGAUGUGUCAGCUGAACAAGUGCUCUGUCCUGCUCAGCUCUGAGGGAAGUUCCAACAGCAGCUUCACAGGGUGCAGGAAGGAGGGUCCCUCCUCAAGUGAGGGCUGAGCAGUCAUUUCUUCCAGUUUCAGAGGUAAAAUUAGGUCAUUACAGAUAAGGAACAACAUGUGUUGGAAGCUGCCUCCCAAGGCAACAGAGUCCAGCUCAUGCAAGCUGUGAAUUAAUUAAUUCUUCUUCAAGUUUGCCUCUUAACACUGUAUUUUGUUCAGGUAUCCAUAGGUCUGUAUGUGUUAGCCAUCCCAUUUUCCUUAGGAUUCAGGGGUUUUUUUGAUUUUAUAAUAGUGAAUUAGCCAUUUAUUAUGUUGAUGCUGUGCUGCAGUUAAAUUUGGGCAUGUUGGCAUCUUCAAAUGCAGUUGUGUUCCCUUUCUCACCUGCUCUGAAGUCACUACUGAGGUACAACUUGCUGGUUUUACCCUGUUAACAACUCCCACCUGCUUACCCAGAACUUCUCUCUCAUUUUGGGACAGCACCCUCAGCAGCUGCCACCAAGUUCUGGCUUUCACCAAAGACCCAAAGCCAGAGUGUGGAUUCUGAAGACAGCAGAGAUGGAGAAUUCCAGCUCCUUUUCCCAGAGACUUCAGUGUAUCCCAAGGGUGCCACGGAUGGAAACUCAGCAGCAAAGCAGCCCCUUCCCCUGCCCUUUCCUCAACUCCUGCCUGAAGGUUCAGUUUUUAUCUCCUUGACAGUUCUUGUUGGUGGAGCGUGAAUUGAUUAAAGUGACUGUCUGUAGUUUUAAUACAAACUGUUAAUGAAAAUAAGCUUUAUUACGUCAAGUAAUAAAUACAUACAAAGAUGCAAAUAA